AUGUCGCCUAGCUACCACCGGGCAGCCUACUUUGGCCACCUCGGAUUUCCAACCGAUCCCGUCGCAGCCGUUGGCCUCCUCCAAGGCAAAUCCAAUUUCCAAGCGUGGCAUGCCGCCAUCCAACCCAUCCUUCUGGCCACUUCCAGUUCUUACGAGCUCAUCAUCGGCGCGUGGACGGAACCUCGUUGUCCGACACCUUGCACAGUCGAACAACAGGCCAAAUUCGACGAGCACCGCCGCCGCUGGCACACCGCAAACACGGGGACCUGUCGAUUCAUUCGGGCCACGUUGGCCGAGAACGUUAUCCCCUUCGUCCGCCAGUACAACACGGCAAAGACCCUGUUCUUCAACCUCGUAUGGCUGUACGGCGAGGACAGCGGGAUUGACACCCAGGGUGGGCCACCUGUGCCAGUGAACGCCCAUACCAUGAGCGCGAAGAGAGGUCGAGGGAGUCUCCUGGCGGUGCUGGAAGCGAAACGGACGCUUGACUAUCUGCCCCUUGUUGGCGUGACAUUGACCCUCCCAUCGCCUACCACUCCGACGAGCGACUGCACGGUGUCUUCACCUGCCUCGGGCACAGAUGACCACCUCAACUCCUUGCCGUCGGGAAUACGUGAAGACUCAACCCCAGAGCAUGCCUUGACGUUGAUCCGCAGUUUCGAACGGGCCGGCAUCUCGGAUUCGCACACACACUCGAACUCGCGGCCGAGCCCGCACUCGGAACCGAAUCCGAAUCUGGAGACCAUCCACGAACAAGACCACGAACAUGGCCAUGAAGAGCCCCAUCCAGGACGGAGAAUUCGAAUCUCCUCAGGCCAUGCAACAGGUUCCAGCCUCACUGCCUGCAAUAGGGACGUAGACAUGCACACUCACACACACGUGCUCUCGGAACGCAGCAUCAGCCCGUUGACCUUAUCUGACUCGACCAGCGGAUACGACGAGGAUGCAUAUCAAAAUCACUAUCACAACCACCACCACUGCUAUGACAGUCACCUUCGUCUACAUCAUCAUCAUGCCAGCCACAACCACAAUCAAAGUCAUCUCCAUCUCGAAGAUAUCAGCACCAGCAGCACCAGCAGGAAGGACACCACUUCACACACCGCCCAAGCCUCACGGCAUAUGAAGCGUCAAGCCAGCGCUGAGCUCGGAGCCGGAGCCGGAGAUGGAGAUGAAGCCGAAGAUGAAGGUGAAGCUGACGGCGAAGAAAGACCUCCAAAAGCGAGCAUCACCUCGAUCUUCAAAGCCGUCAAAGUCAAGCCCGGAAACGGAAAGGUCAGGAAGCGGGACAAGUUGUUUGCCUCGUCGUUCCCUCUUCGUCGGCUGGGUGCGAAUACUGUAAAGGCGUAA